CAAGAGCUGCGCGUGACACUUCAAUCGCGUCCUUUUCUUUAGAUCAUCAAAUCAAAAACUCGUUACUCUUCUUCUUAUAAGAUUCUUCCAAUAGAUUCACUGAAGUUUCUGGUGAUUUUGAUUGAAUGGUUGAAAUGAUGAUGAGACGCCAAGCUUCGAAGUUUCCUGUUAAGCGAGAGAUCGUUGAAGAUUCUCUUGAAGAUGAACAUGCUCCUCUCUACAAACGAACUAAGCUAUGGAGCAAUAGAACAGGGGUAUCUAAGUUUAACUUACUUGAGGAGCCAAGUCCUUUGGGGUUGAGUUUAAGAAAGAGCCCUUCUUUUCUAGAACUGAUUCAGAUGAGGCUUUCUCAAAGUGGUGACGACACAACGUCGGAAACUAGUCGUGUUAAGAAAGAGAGUUUUGGUUUUGGUGUUGGAACCGUUGAGAAGCUUAAAGCUUCUAAUUUUCAUGCUACGGUUCUUAGGAUUGGUCAAUGGGAGUAUAAGGCAAUGCAUGAUGGUGAUUUGGUGGCGAAAUGCUACUUUGCAAAACACAAACUUGUAUGGGAAGUAUUGGAACAAGGUCUUAAGAGCAAGAUUGAGAUUCAGUGGUCUGAUAUUAUGUCUCUGAAGGCUAAUUUGCCUGACGAUGAACCUGGAACGCUGUCCAUCGUGCUGGCUAGGCGGCCGUUGUUUUUCAGGGAAAUUAAUCCGCUGCCUAGAAAGCAUACUACGUGGCUGCCGACGUCAGAUUUUACUGAUGGUCAUGCCAGCAUGAACAGGAAACAUUUUCUGCAGUGUCCCCCAGGGAUAUUGGACAAACAUUUCGAGAAGCUUGUCCAAUGUGAUCAUCGUCUGUUCUGUUUAAGUCGACAGCCAGAGAUAAAUUUGGCCUCACCGUUCUUUGAUUCGCGGACAUCUAUAUUUGAGGAUCCCUCCAUGUCUGGAUCUUAUAAUAUGGCAUCUCCUGUUGGAGCUCAGUCAUCAUCAGAACAUGUUUCUCUCUCUCAUGAUGCACUAUCUCCUAGCUCAGUGAUGGAUGCUCAUGCAAUUGAAGGAGUUGGUGUGUCUGUUGAUUCGAGAAACAAAAACGGUUGGAGUCAGAUAAAAGUGCCUGGCCUACCCCAAUCUAUCUCGAUGAGCGAUCUCCUUACACUAUAUCAAGGUUGUGAGAACAACCAAGAGUUUGAGGAAAUGAAACAGUUGCUGCUAAGUGACACCUUACCCGACACAUCAGAUGAGAAGUCUGUCAUGUCAAAGGUCAAUUCUUUCUGCAACCUCUUGCAAUCUGCUGCAAACUCGCAGCUCAAUAUCGAAACUACUGAUACCGAUAAAGAGAUUGGGGUCGAUAGAAACAGACACAUGACUGAAGGAGGCAAAAGAGUUGUUGAUCUUGCUUCAAGCAGCAAGCCAUUACAGGGUAUGUCAAGGAAAGACUCAUUCAGUGAUUUGUCGGGACACCUUCCCCGGAUCGCAUCCCUCACAAAGUUCUUGUCCAAUAUUUCAGAAGAAGAUUAGUAGAUAGUAAAAUUGAAAAGUUCCUGUGACUAGGGAUCUUGAACAAGUAGCUGUAAAUCAAAUUUAUCUUUCUUGGUGAGCAAGAGAAUUUGUGCUCUUGUUCGUAAGGAUUUGGAGGAACUUUUUGUGUUUGAUGAUGAAUCCUUGUAAAGAAAAGCUUUGUUUGUUUGAAAAUCAAACAUUAACAAAAACUUUAAUAUAGCUUUCAUCCUAAUUCCUACU